CACGCCACUUGCUCUGAUCCGCCGCCACAUGCUGGGCCGGCUUCUACAUAUUGGCCCACCUACAGCUCACUUAAGUGAGCCACCACCAAGCCGCCUCUCCCCUCCGUUGGAUGAAACAUGGGCCGACGUGGCCCAAAAUCCUGCCCUGUUAGUAUCUGCUAACAUUUUGAGCAGUUCGGAUUGAGUGGUCAGAGGAUAAAUUUGGGAAAGUCAGCCGUUUGUUUUAGUAAGAACGUUACUCUUCCAGACCAGGAGUUUCUGGCCCAGAUUUUGGGGGUUGGGGCGGUGGGCGUGCAUGAUAAAUAUUUGGGGCUUCCUACCCUCAUUGCUCGCUCCAAGAUGGCUACCUUCCGUUAUUUAGAGGAGAAAUUGCUGGAAUGCCUUCAGGGAUGGAAGCAACGUACGCUUUCCUGGGCUGCAAAAGAGACUUUGAUUAAAUCAAUAGCUUUGGCGUUGCCACUGCAUGUCAUGUCUUGUUUCCGACUCCCGUUGUCUAUGUGCCGUCUCCUUGACCGCCAUGUGGCUCGCUUCUGGUGGGGAGUAGAGGAGGGACAUUCCAGGAUUCGGUGGGUUUCAUGGCGUAACAUGUGCCGGAGUAAACAUGAGGGAGGCAUGGGAUUUCGCCGUUUUGAACAGUUUAAUCAGGCCCUCUUGGCGAAAAUUGGUUGGCAGAUUCUCUCGGAACCUGACUCCUUGUUAGCCAAAGUAUAUAAAGGGAAAUAUUUUCCAAAUGGUACUUUCCUGUCGGCAACGGCUAGAUCUCGUCCGUCUUGGGGAUGGCAAGGUGUCCUUUAUGGUCGUCAACUGCUGGAGAGAGGGCUACGAUGGCAGAUUGGAAAUGGGCGUACGGCGUCUCUCCUGCAUUCUAAUUGGAUUCCCCAGGUGCAUCCCUGGCCGGUGCGGUAUAAUCCCCGGGUUCUGCCUGCUGGGGGGGACCCUACUGUCUCGGAAGUAAUCAGCCUGGACGGCGGUUGUUGGGCGGAGGAUAAGCUGGGCCAGUGGUUUGAGCCGGUUACGUGUAAUGCGAUCAAAGACAUUCCUUUGCCUCGGCAGAAUCUAGAGGAUAAGUUGAUUUGGCAUGCCACGGCUGAUGGGGUUUUUUCAGUUAAAUCAGCCUAUCAUUUAGCGGUAUCAGUUGAGAGAGGUAUUGGUCGGUGGCGACAGUUGGCUUCUUGGAUGGAUAAGCCUAGUUGGAUCCGUUUUUGGGAGGCUAAUAUCCCGCCUAAAUUGAAGGUUUUCUGCUGGCAAAUUUUUAAUAGAGUCCUUCCAACCACGGAAGCUCUACGGGAGAGAGGAGUUGAGGUACUUCCCCGUUGUCCGGUCUGCUGGGCGGAAUCUGAAACUAUGGAGCACUUGUUCCUGGAUUGUCCUGUGGCACAUGCGCUUUGGGAUCUAUCGGGCUUAGAGCAUCUUGGCCAAGGUUUGCCACGCCACACUUUCCCGCUCUUUCUCAAAAGGUUGAUGAAUAUAGUGAACCAGGCUCCCCUAUUAAUGAAAGUAGUGGCUAUCCUGUGGAGGAUCUGGCGAUCUAGGAACUGGGUUGUCUUUGAAGGCAAACAGUAUGGGAUCCCGGUCUUGAUGCGCCAAUUUCAUCAGCAAUUUGAGGAAUGGGAUAGCCUGGCCGCUGUUAGACUCCCGAACCCUUGCGCUCCUUUGAUGGGGCACCAGUCGUCUGGUGUCCACUCCCGCGUUUCUUGUAGGUGGGAUGGGGCAACGAGGGCUGGGUCUCAUUCAGCAGGAGGGAUGGUUAUUGUGGAUGAUAAGGGGGCAACAGUGUGGGCCGCAGGGAUUCAGUUUCCGCACAUUGAUGCGCCUCCAGUUGUGGAGCUGUUAGCGUUGCGGGAAGCCAUUUUGUGGGCCCUGCGUCUGGGAUUUACUGCGAUGCAAUUUGAGGGCGACGCCAAGGUCAUUAUUGACAAAAUCAACCGCGCAGACGCGAGUGAUAGCCAGAUGGGAGUAAUUCUUCAAGAAGUUAUAAAUCUUUUAGCUGUCCAUUCUGGGUUUUGUAUACGGUUUGUAGGUCGGUGUAACAAUAGGGUAGCCCAUUUGGUGGCUAGGAAAGCCCUGUCCUUGUACCCGGCUACGUGCCGUUCUUUUGAUUUUCAGGCCUGGCUGUCUUCCAGGAUGUAACUAUCGAUUUCUUCAAUCUAAUGGAUUAUCUUUUGUCAAAAAAAAAAAAGCAGAUUAACUUCUGCGGGGAUUCGAGGCUGGCCUUACUUUAUGAGAAGAAACAAAAGAGAAGAACAGAGCAAGUGUUACCGGAAAGGGAACGAGUACAAGAAGCAAGAAAUAACACACAGAGACAAAAGGCAUCUUGAUUGCUUUUUGUUUAACCUGUAUUGUACCAGAUCCAAGGAUUGAAAAGACUAGCGAGCAAAACCUUUACUGGGUUUUUGUGAAGUCCCUUCUCCAGGAGCCCUGAACAACGCCAUAAACUAGCCACCAUAGAGAUGGAAUUAAAAACUCAUCAUCAAGAAUAAUUCUUUUUACGUACGACAACGCCACUCCCUUUGUUUUCAGAAGAUAGUCCAGAUAUUUGAUGUGGGAACAGAGAAAUCGAAUCCAAAAACGAAGCAAAGAGGCAAAUGGGUAUUUCUUUAAAGAUCGAGCUCUCUCCUCCUCUGGCGCCGCCUCUUGGAUACAGGUUCUGCAGUUGGUAACCGUAGGGAUAGGGUUGGGAAUCCGGUCUCGGAUUUUUGGUCAAAUCGAAAACCGGACAGUUUAAAUCGUCCCGGUUGUAACCGAAAACCAGAUUGCAUCCAAUCUGAUCCCGUCUCCGGUCAGGCGAAUUUGUCCAGUCAAAAUGACUUAGGCGGCGACGUUUAGUUUACUUUGUUUAAUAAUUCCGGGUUUUUGGUUAAAACCGGAUCCAAUCCAACAUCCAAUCCAAUCCCGUCUCUGGUUGUGAUAUUGGCCAAAAAAGUUGUAAAAAAUCGGGUCAAUCCGGUCAAAUUUUAACCGGACAGGACCGUUUUCCACCCCUACGUAGGGGGCAUGUGGAAAAAUAGGGAGAUUGGUUGGCAAAAGACGAAAGUUUGAGAUAUGGGGGAGGAACAGGAAGGGAAGAUUGACGGCAACGGCAACGGCGAUGAAGAAGAUGAGGAGGUUGGAAGCCGUCGUCGGGUAUGGGGAAUGAAGGUUUAGAGAUAGGGAUGCAUUCGAGAUUGGAAAUAGUUGAGUGGGUUUUUUUAGGUAAGUUAGGUCAAGAUCGGGUCAUGAGUUAGGUUUAAUGAUGUGGUAAGUUGAUUUUUAAGUUUAUCUUAUUAAAAUUGGGUGAUUGUA